AACAAGUUGACCCAAGUUAAGAUAUUAACUAAUGACAGAUUAAGAUUUUCUGUUAUCAUUCCAUUUUAGUUUCAACAAAAAAUCAAAAAUGGCAACAAGAACCAAACUUUCUAUUUGCAUGGUAGUGUUAUUAUUUGCAGUGACACUUAGAGGAUUAAUCGUUAAUGCAAUAGAUGAAUGGUCCAACUUUGCUAUCAAUGAAGCAACCAUAGAAGACAUACAAACAGCCUUCAACCGAAACGACAUCACUUCAACACAACUCGUUGACUUUUACUUACACCGAAUCCAAACUCUCAAUCCCGUACUCCGCGCUGUAUUGGAAGUUAAUCCGGACGCACGAGAUCAAGCGGACAAAGCUGAUUGUGAAAGACGAGAAAAUCAGAACCGUUCAUUGCUUCAUGGGAUCCCUGUUUUGCUCAAGGACAGUAUUGCCACCUUGGAUAAACUCAACACUACGGCGGGGUCGUAUGCGUUGUUGGGAUCGAAGGUUCCGCGUGACGCGCACGUGGUUUCUAAGCUUAGGGACGCUGGUGCUAUCAUUCUUGGAAAAACUAGUCUCUCUGAAUGGUAUGGUGUUCGUUCUAGCACUGAGCCAGAAGCUUGGUCUGCCAGAGGUGGAUUUGCAAUUAAUCCUUAUGUUGAAUCCAAAAGUCCAUGUGGGUCUAGCUUUGGAUCUGCAAUUUCAGUGGCAACUAAUAUGGUUACAGUUUCAUUAGGGACAGAAACUGAUGGCUCUAUCAUCUGUCCGGCUGAUCAUAACUCGGUAGUCGGGAUCAAGCCUACUGUUGGACUCACUAGCAGGGCUGGUGUCAUACCGGUUUCACCUCAUCUAGAUACUAUUGGGCCAAUAUGCAGGACUGUUUCAGAUGCAGUUCAUGUGCUUGAUGUAAUUGUUGGGUUUGAUCCAAGAGAUUAUGAAGCUACGAAGGCAGCGGAAAAGUUUAUACCUUCAGGUGGUUAUAAGCAAUUCCUCAAUAAACAAGGGCUUAAAGGAAAGAAAAUAGGUGUUUUGAGAAAUCCAUUUUUGAUUCCUUAUAAUGGAUCCAAAGUCAUUUCCAUGUUUGAGGAUCAUCUCAAUGUAUUGAGAGAAAGAGGUGCAACAAUUGUUGAUAAUUUGGAAGUAGAAAAUUUAACGACCGUUCUGGAUCCUCUCCAAAAUGGUGAAAUGAUAACCUUACUUCCAGAAUUCAAGUUGUCCAUCAACAAGUAUCUGCAGGAGCUUAUUUAUUCUCCUGUGAGGUCUCUAGCUGAGAUUAUAGAAUUCGACAUCAAUAACCCUAUCUUAGAAAAGACUGAUGAGUAUGGUCAAGAUUUCUUUAUGGCAUCAGAACUAACCAGUGGUUUUGGAAAAAGUGAAACUGAGGCAGUGAAGAUGAUGGACCAAUUGUCGAAAAAUGGGUUUGAGAGAGUGAUAAAAGAAAAUCAACUGGAUGCAUUGUUGUCCAUAGGCUCCAAUGCUUCUCCAAUGUAUGCAAUUGGAGGAUAUCCUGCAAUCACUGUCCCAGCUGGGUAUGAUAACCAAGGAAUGCCAUUUGGAAUCUGUUUUGGCGGGUUAAAGGGAACCGAGCCAAAACUGAUUGAGAUUGCUUAUGAUUUUGAGCAAGCUACCAGUGCAAGGAAGCCACCCCCUCGCUUUUCGUUCACAUGAAGAAAUUUAAGGAUGGUGCCUGACUUGACUGAUAUGUUUGUGGUGAUUGUAGAUUUUGAUUAACGGAAGUACAAUAUCGUAUGAUCGUGAUUCGUUGAUGUAUAUCUUUUACCUUAGUUUCUUCAAUUGAAUUAAUUAUCUGAUGUUGCAUUAACAGUCAUCAGAUCUUUCACUCUCAGCUUUUCAACCAUUUCAAGAUUCCAUUUAUUUUGAUCAGGUACUUUGAUUACUCAUCAAAUAUGAUAUCUUGUACUGUUCAUCUUUAAAUUGUUGUGCUUGAAGUAAUCAUUAACAUUUCUGCUAAAACUGACUAUUAUUACUAGUCAUCGCAAGCAUGAAAUUCCACUUAAUUUCCAAAAGAAGAAUCCAAAUUCAAAUUCUGCCGGCCAUAAUGCUAACGUAGAAAAUUUAGAUAAUAUAUUUAGUCUUUUGAUAUUUAGUAUUAAAACCUUUCUAUUGUUAUGUAUUGUGAUACUUUUUUCAUUCCUAAUGAAACCUAGUCAUUUUGUCUUUUCUCUAUCUAUAUGAAUCCCUAAUGUUAAUAUGGUAUCAAAGAGGUUGGUUGAUUCUAUUAGAAUCUUGGAUGUUUGAUGAAAACUCUCACUGAAUCUAUGCAAUAAGGUUUUAUUUGUUCUCUCCCUCAAAUUUUGGAUAAGUGCUUCUCAAAUCUUGAAUGUGAUUUCUUACACGGGAACGUGUUUGUGAAAUUUGAGUGUAUUUGUUUCGAGCAACACUUUGAUUUUGAUUACCUUUGGUUCUCUCAUAGUUUGUUCUGAUGGCUACUGAUAAAGAUUAUCCUCUUCAAUCUAAUUGCAUGAAAAGUAUUCUUAUUGGAGUUAUAUAAUAAAAAAUAAAGGAAAAAGGAUAAGGAAUUAUGUUGAUGGAAACUCUCUUUUAUGUCCAAUGAUAAA